CUUGAGACCGUGCAGAUCGAGGUCGCGCAAUUACUACAUGAAGGUUUAUUAAGAUCAUUGAGGAUAAUCUUCAUACAAUAUUUGAGUUGGAAAUUCCUUUCAUACUCUGCAUUGGAAACGCAAUAUAUUCGAUACAUAUAAAAUACACAUACGUGAGAAAAACGGGAAUAGGCUCCUAGACCACAGAGUUCAAAAACGCCAAAAAAGAGAAAUAAUGGCUGAAACGAAGUGCAGCUUACGAGCAACCGACGGUCCUGUGCUAGGCAAGUCUGGCAAGAAAAUUUGCUGCUCAUGUCCAACUACAAAACAAGCACGUGACUUAUGCAUUGUCAAGAACGGUGAGGAUCAAUGCAAGGAACUUAUCGAGGCACACAAGGCCUGCUUGCGCAGUGAAGGCUUUAAGAUAAAGUAAGCCACGACAUUUUUUACUAACGCGCAAGCUUCUUGAUGCACGUAUAUAUGAAGACCCCACGAGCUACAGUAGCGUAAUUAAUAAAGUAGCAGAGCAGCUACAGGCCCAAAUCUGUUGUGUUGGUUCCGCUGCAUCUACUGUGCUGAUGCUUGUGUCGCUUUAAGUUCACUCAAGUAUCAUUCCGGUAGUGUACUC